AUGGUGAAGAAGCAAAUGCCGCCUUUACUCGUUGUGGGUGUGUCUGUUCUGGUGGUGUUGUCAUGUUGUGUUAAUUACAGUCUCUGUGAAAAGAUCAAAACCUAUAAGCUCACCAGAGGAAACUUGUCUGUUACCUUCACUAACUAUGGAAAACAAGAUGAUGUUGUUCUUGGAUUUGAUAGUGUUGAUGGUUACAAGAAUGACACAACUUAUUUUGGGGCAAUUGUGGGAAGAGUGGCUAAUAGAAUUGGAGGUGCUGAGUUCACGUUGAAUGGUGGUACAAAGGGCUUCAGCGAUGUGAUUUGGUCAGUCCAUAACUACGUUCCCACUAGCCACAUUACUUUCAAAUACGAUAGCUUCGACGGUGAAGAAGGUUUUCCGGGAAACGUGACGGUGAAAGUGACAUACAUGUUGAUCGGCGAAAACAAGCUCGGUGUGAAAAUGGAAGCAAAACCACUAAACAAACCAACACCGAUCAACUUAGCCCUCCACACAUACUGGAACCUCCACAGCCACAACUCCGGCGACGUCCUCUCCCAUAAAAUCCAGCUUCUUGCCGGUAAAAUCACUCCUGUCGACGAAAAACUCAUCCCCACCGGCGAAAUCACCUCCAUCGAAGGAACACCUUACGAUUUCCUCCAGCCUCGCUCUAUCGGAAGCCGGAUCAAGGAAUUACCCGGAGGUUACGACAUCAACUACGUCAUCGACGGAACAGCCGGGAAACACCUGAGGAAAACAGCGGUUGUGUCGGAAGAAGUCACCGGAAGGAAGAUGGAGUUGUGGACAAACCAGCCUGGUGUUCAGUUUUACACGAGUAAUAUGAUGAUACGUGUCGUCGGAAAAGGAAAAGCGGUUUACAAGAAAUACGGAGGGUUGUGUUUGGAGUCUCAAGGGUUUCCAGAUUCGGUGAAUCAUAAGAAUUUUCCAUCGCAGAUUGUGAAUCCUGGAGAGAGUUACUUGCAUGUUAUGCUCUUUAGGUUCACUGCUCAUUGA